UUCAGGAGGGUUAUAUCCAUGGUUUACUGCUACCUCCAGCAUGGGCCUGUGGGGCAUACUUUGUUUUUUAAUCUUCGUGGGGAAAAGUUGGGGACAGGAACAAACGUAUGUCAUUUCAGCACCAAAAGUAUUCUGUGUUGGAGCAUUUGAAAAUAUUGUAAUUCAAGUUUAUGGAUACACUGAAGAAUUUGAUGCAACAAUCUCUAUCAAAAGUUAUCCUGACAAAAAAUUUACUUAUUCUUCAGGCCAUGUUACUUUAUCCACAGUAAAUAAAUUCCAAAAUUCUGCACUCUUAACAAUACAACCCAAACAAUUGUCUGGAGGACAAGACCCAGUUUCACAUGUGUAUUUGGAUGUUGUAUCAAAGCAUUUUUCAAAAUCAAAAAAAAUGCCGAUAACCUAUGACAAUGGAUUCCUCUUCAUUCAUACAGACAAACCUGUUUACACUCCACACCAGUCAGUAAAGGUUAGAGUUUAUUCACUGAAUGAUGACUUGAAGCCAGCCAAAAGAGAAACUGUCUUAACUUUCAUAGAUCCUGAAGGAUCAGAAGUUGACAUGGUAGAAGAAAAUGAUUAUACUGGAAUUAUCUCUUUUCCUGACUUCAAGAUUCCAUCUAAUCCUAAAUAUGGUGUGUGGACAAUUCGAGCUAAAUAUAAAGAAGACUUUUCAACAACUGGAACCGCAUAUUUUGAAAUUAAAGAAUAUGUGAUGCCACACUUUUCUAUCUCAAUAGAAACAGAAAAUAAUUUCAUUGGUUAUAAGGACUUUAAUAAUUUUGAAAUUACUAUAAAAGCAAGAUAUUUUUAUAAUAAAGUCAUCAACGAGGCUGACGUUUAUAUCUCUUUUGGAAUAAGAGAAGACUUAAAAGAUAAUCAAAAAGAAAUGAUGCAAAAAGCAAUGCAAAGCACAAUGUUGAUAAAUGGAAUUGCUCGAGUCACAUUUGACUCUGAAACAGCAAUUAAAGAAUUGUCCUAUGGCAGUCUAGAAGAUUUAAACAACAAGUACCUUUAUAUUGGUGUGACAGUCAUAGAGUCUACAGGUGGAUUUUCUGAAGAAGCAGAAAUUCCUGGCAUCAAAUAUGUCCUUUCUCCCUACAAACUGAAUUUGAUUGCUACUCCUCUUUUUGUGAAGCCUGGGAUUCCAUUUUCUGUCAAGGUGCAGGUUAAGGAUUCACUUGACCAUUUGGUAGGAGGGGUCCCGGUGACCCUGAGUGCACAAAUGCUCGAUGUAAACCAGGAGACAUCCGACUUGGAGUCAAAGCAAAGUGUAACACGUUCCAGUGACGGAGUAGCUUCUUUUGUGGUGAAUCUCCCAUCUGAAGUGACGGUGCUGGAGUUUAAAGUCAGGACUGAGGACCCAGAUCUUCCAGAAGAAAAUCAGGCCAGCAAAGAUUACCGAGCAAUAGCAUAUUCAUCUCUCAGCCAAAGUUAUCUUUAUAUUGACUGGACUGAAAACUAUAAACCUUUGCUUGUGGGAGAACAUCUGAAUAUUGUUGUUACCCCCAGAAGUCCAUAUAUUGACAAAAUAACUCACUAUAAUUACUUGAUUUUAUCCAAGGGCAAAAUCGUUCACUUUGGCACAAGGGAUAAACUUUCAGAUUCAGAUUAUCAAAGUAUAAACAUUCCAGUGACACAGAACAUGGUUCCUUCAGCUCGUCUCCUGGUCUAUUACAUUGUUACAGGAGAACAGACCGCAGAAUUAGUGUCCGACUCAGUCUGGUUAAAUAUUGAAGAAAAGUGUGGCAACCAGCUCCAGGUUCAUCUGUCUCCAAGUACAGAUACAUAUUCCCCUGGCCAACAUGUAUCUCUUAAUAUGGCGACUGAGUUGGAUUCCUGGGUGGCUUUAAUGGCAGUGGACAGUGCUAUAUAUGGGGUGCAAAGGACAGCCAAGAAACCCCUGGAAAGAGUAUUUCAAACUUUAGAGAAGAAUGACCUGGGCUGCGGGGCAGGUGGUGGCCGCAACAAUGCAGAUGUAUUCCACCUGGCUGGACUCACCUUCCUCACCAACGCAAACGCAGAUAACGCCCAAGAAAAUGAUGAACCUUGUAAAGAAAUUCUCAGGCCAAAAAGAAUGCUGCAAAAGAAGAUAGAGGAAGAAGCUGCUAAAUACAAAUUUCCGAAGUUGAAGAAAUGUUGUUAUGAUGGAGCCUAUCGUAAUGAUGAUGAAACCUGUGAGCAGCGAGCCGCUCGGAUUAAGAUAGGCCAAAGAUGCGUCAAAGCUUUCAAGGACUGUUGUGCCAUCGCAAGCCAGUUCCGUGCUGAAGAGCAUCAUAAAAAUAUCCGAUUGGGAAGGCUACAUAUAAAGACUCUUUUACCAGUAACCAAACCAGAAAUCAGGACUUAUUUUCCAGAAAGCUGGUUAUGGGAAGUUCAUCAUGUCCCCAAAAGAAACCAGUUGCAGUUUGUGCUACCUGAUUCUCUAACUACCUGGGAAAUUCAAGGUGUUGGCAUUUCAAAUAGUGGUAUAUGUGUUGCUGAUACUCUCAAGACAAAGGUGUUCAAAAGUGUCUUCCUGGAAAUGAAUAUACCAUAUUCUGUUGUACGAGGGGAACAGAUCCAAUUGAGUGGAACUGUUUACAACUAUAGAACGUCUGGAAUUCUGUUCUGUGUUAAAAUGUCUCCCGUGGAGGGAAUCUGUUCAUCGGGAAGCCCAGACAUUGACCCUCAGGGGAAAAGUUCCUCCAAAUGUCUGCCCCAGAGAAUAGAGGGCUCCUCCAGCCACUUGGUGACCUUCAGCGUGCUUCCUCUGGAAAUCGGCCUCCACAACAUCAGCUUCUCACUGGAGACUUCUGAUGGAAAUGAAAUCUUAAUAAAAACAUUACGAGUGGUGCCCGAAGGUGUCAAAAGGGAAAGUUAUGCUGGCACUACUCUGGACCCGAAGGGUAUCUACGGCAUCAUUAGUAGACGAAAGGAGUUCCCAUACAGGUUACCACUGGAUUUGGUCCCCAAAACAAAAGUCAAAAGGAUUGUGAGUGUAAAAGGACUGCUUAUAGGUGAGGUCAUGUCUGCAGUUCUGAGUCAGGAAGGCAUUGAUAUCCUUACCCACCUCCCCAAAGGGAAUGCAGAGGCAGAACUGAUGAGCACUGUCCCAGUAUUCUAUGUUUUUCACUACCUGGAAGCAGGAAAUAAUUGGAACAUUUUUUCUGCUAACUCAUUAACUCAAAAACAGAACUUGAAGAAAAAAUUAAAAGAAGGGAUGGUGAGCAUCAUGUCCUUCAGAAAUACUGACUAUUCUUACAGCAUGUGGAAGGGUGGAAGUGCUAGCACUUGGUUAACAGCUUUUGCUUUAAGAGUACUUGGACAAGUAAGUAAAUAUGUAGAUCAAAACCAAAAUUCAAUUUGUAAUUCUUUAUUGUGGCUGGUUGAGAACUGUCAACUAGAAAAUGGAUCAUUCAAGGAAAAUUCCGACUAUCAACCAAUAAAAUUACAGGGUACCUUGCCCAUUGAAGCCCGAGAGAAAACUUUAUAUCUUACAGCCUUUGCUGUGAUUGGAAUUAGAAAGGCCUUUGAUAUAUGCCCUCUGGAGAAAGUCAGCACAGCUGUAACUAAAGCUGACACCUUUCUGCUUGAAAAUACCCUCUCGACCCAGAGUACUUUUACACUGGCCAUUGCUGCUUUUGCUCUUUCCCUGGGAGAUAAAACACACCCACAGUUUCGUUCAAUUGUCUCAGCCCUGAAGAAGGAAGCUUUGGUUAAAGGUAAUCCACCAAUAUAUCGUUUUUGGAAAGGUGAUCUUCAACAGAAAGACAGCUCUGCACCUAAUACCGGCACAGCACACAUGGUAGAAACCACGGCCUAUGCCUUACUUACCAGCCUGAGCUUGAAAGACAUGAAUUACGUUAAUCUAAUCAUCAAAUGGCUAUCAGAAGAGCAGAGGUAUGGAGGUGGCUUUUAUUCGACCCAGGAUACAAUUAAUGCCAUCGAGGGCCUGACAGAGUAUUCACUCCUGGUUAAAAAACUCCGCUUGAAUAUGGAUAUCAAAGUUUCUUACAAGCAUAAAGGUGACCUCUAUCAUUAUAAGAUGACAGAGAAGAAUUUCCUUGGGAGGCCAGUAGAGGUGCCUUUCAAUGAUGACCUUGUUGUCCUAAGUACUGGACAAAACAGUGGCUUGGCUACAGUGCAUGUAAAAACUGUGUUUUACAAAACCAGUACCUCUGAGGAAAUUUGCAGCUUCCAUCUGAAAAUUGAAACCCAGGAAAUUGAAGCCCCCAGCUACAGCAACUCGGAAUACAAGCGCAUAGUGGCAUGUGCCAGCUACAAGCUCAGCAGUCAAGAAUCAUCAUCUGGGUCCUCCCAUGCAGUGAUGGAUAUCUCUUUGCCUACUGGAGUCAAUGCAAACCCAGAAGACUUAAAAGCUCUUGUGGAAAGGGUUGAUCAACUAUUAACUGAUUAUGAAAUCAAAGAUGGACAUGUUAUUCUGCAACUGAAUUCGAUUCCUUCCAAUGAGUUCCUUUGUGUUCGAUUCCGGAUAGUUGAACUUUUUCAAGUUGGGUUCCUGAGUCCUACUACUUUCACAGUGUAUGAGUACCACAGACCAGAUAAACAGUGCACCAUGUUUUAUAGCACGUCCCAUACCAAACUUCAGAAAGUCUGUGAAGGAGUAAUGUGCAAAUGUGUCGAAGCUGACUGUGGACAAAUGCAGGCAGAACUGGAUCUGACAAUCUCUGCUGCUACUAGAAAAGAAACAGCAUGUAAACCAGAGAUUGCAUAUGCUUAUAAAGUUAAGAUCAUAACCAUCACUGAAGAAAAUGCUUUUGUUAAGUAUACCACAACCCUCCUGGAUAUCUACAAAGCUGGAGAAGCUGCUGCUGAGAAAGACUCUGAAAUCACCUUCAUUAAAAAGACAACCUGUGUUAACGCUGACCUGGAAGAAGGAAAACAGUACUUAAUUAUGGGUAAAGAGGCCCUGCAGAUAAAAUACAAUUUCCGUUUCAAGUACAUCUACCCGUUAGAUUCCUUGACCUGGAUUGAAUAUUGGCCCACAGACACCGGGUGUCCAUCAUGCCAAGCAUUUUUAGCGAAUCUAGAUGAGUUUACUGAAGACAUCUUUUUAAAUGGCUGUGAAAACGCCUAAAGAAGGUCAGCUGCAUCCAGUUUUCACUAUGGACUCCUGUUGAAGUUCCUUUUUUUUUUUCCAGCGUUCACAGCUGGUCUUAUUUGGAGAGCUCACUCUACUUAGAAUUAGGGACACUUGCUUUUAUUAGAGAACGAUUUUAAGAGCAGUAACUCUGAAAUAACAUGUCCUUGGGGGGCAUGGAGACAGACACUCAUUCCAAGGUUAUUGGACACCAGAAGCAGUAAAUUGGAACCCUCCUAAAACCUACCACUCAGGAAUGUUUGCUGGGGAUGAAAGAAUAGCCCCAUUGAAAUGUAGUAUCUUACAAAAACAUGGCCUUUGCUUGAAAGAAAAUACCAAGGAACAGAAGACUGAUCAUUAAAGCCUGCCUUUGCUUUCAAAA